UGGCAACACAGAAGAAUUUGUUGGGGUUGUAACUUUCACAUACCCAGAUUCCAAACAAAGUUGUAAUAAUAGCACAGCGCAUGCGUGAAUAUCACACAUGCGCCGGGCGAAUGUCAUGUCUAUUUUAGUAGCAAGCUUUCGUGCGCCACGAGCUUACACCACCACGCAAUACGAUAUUAUCAAACUAGUUAACAAUAAACGCCUUGCUUUCUGUGCUUUCCUCGUAUAAGCAAUCGCGACAGCCAACAAUGAAAACAUUAAUAAUAUUUUGAACGUAAUUAAGAUAGCCGUAAGUGUUAAAAUGCAGCAAUGCGCCAAAAGAUCGAUGCCAGUAUUCCCUGAUGCCAAAGUUUACAAAAUCUAGUGCGAAGUAAAUAAAAAUAUGGAGCCAUUUAUAGAUAAAAAUAAUUUUGCAGUGAGUGCUAUCGUCACGGUCGCCAUGCAAAUAUUAUUUUUUACGAUCGCCUCGCUGUCGCAGAGUGACAAAGUUACCGACUUUACGGGUGGUGCCAAUUUUAUUAUCAUAGCUCUACUGACAUUCUUCCUCGGACAAGGAGGCAGCACGCUCAAGAGUUACGACAGCAGACAGUUAAUGGUCACGGCGUUUGUAUGUUUGUGGGGCAUCAGACUCUCCGGGUAUCUUAUCUACAGAAUCUAUCACAUUGGAAGAGACAAACAAUUCGAAGAUCGUAAGAGCAACACCCUAAGAUUUGCUGUUUUCUAUACCUUUCAAGCCUUUUGGGUGUACAUAGUCAGUUUACCCGUAAUAAUCAUAAAUUCGCCUCAUCAUUCUUAUCCCAAGGCCCCCAAAACUAUGACAACUUUAGACUCGGCUGGAGCUGGUAUUUUUGUAAUUGGAUUAUUAAUUGAGACUUAUGCAGACUUACAGAAAUUCGCAUUUCGUCAAGAACCGGCAAAUCAAGGAAAAUGGUGCAACGACGGCCUGUGGGGAUUGUCCCGACAUCCAAACUACUUUGGAGAGGUAGUGUUGUGGUGGGGCUUAUUCAUAAUAUCUCUAAAUGUUAUAGAAGGUAUCGAGUACAUUGCGAUAUUGUCGCCAUUAUUCACGACGGCAAUAAUUUUAUUCUUAUCAGGAAUACCGUUGCUGGAACGGUCAGCCGACGAAAAAUACAGAGAUAACCCAGAUUAUUUAUAUUACAAACAAUCAACAUCACCUUUUAUACCGAUACCGCCUGCGAUUUAUGUUGAAGUUCCAAGAUUUUUAAAGUUUAUAUUAUGCUGUGAGUUUCCUAUCUAUGACUCGACAAAAGACAAAUUUCCAUCGCCGACUAUCGUCACCGAAAUCACCGGCAUAUCUAUGGUGCAGUCUCAAACAUAGCUAACAAACGCCGUGCGCGAUAGCGUUGCGGCAUUAGAUCCCGAUAACCCAAAAUUACAAAAUUCUCAAAAACAAUUGUGAUACUCGGCCGAAGAUAGGCCUCAAAUCAAGUUGCCAAAUACGUUGCCACUAAAAAAGAAUAAUACG